AUGCCCACGCCUCCUCUCGCAGGAUCCAAAUCUAGGCCAGGAUCUUGCCAGAUCCCUUUUCCAGAUCCAAAAUGUCUGUUCAUUGGUAACCUACCAUUCAGUUGCUCAACGGAAGAUCUCUUCAAAAUCUUCCAGUGGUACGGGUGGAUUGCAGAGGUUCAUCUUCCCAUGUUUCCAGGUACGAGCAAACCUAGAGGGUACGAUUUUGUUAGGUAUUUCUAUGAGGAUGAUGCUCAGGCUGUGAAAGGGGUUCUUGAUGGGAAAAGAAUCGAUGGAAGAGUGGCCUCAGAAGUUCACAUUGCUGCGACCCAGCUAGGCAUUGAGACACCCCCCUCUAAUAGACGCUGGAAGAAGCAGGGUCCUCCCCCCAAUCCGGGGAUCCCCGGAGUCGGCAGGGUUACAACAAACCCAUCGGGCAUCACUAGAAGACUUGCUGAGUUAGAGCUCAGUCUAGUGGGUUCAACAGGAGGUAGAGACUGUUCCAUUCUCCAGAUUAUAGACGGAUUCAGGGAAUCCCGUUUCAGAGCAUCCGUAAUUGAUGUUGUUAGGCUCUUUGUAACACCUCGUAUUUUCCAAUACUUGGGUUUUACUAUUUAG